ACAGACCUCCGUGCAUACUUCCGGUCAAGAUGAUCCGGUUGAUCACGAUGUGGAGAAAGAAGAGCUUUAUUGAUUUGUGCAGGGACUCAGCCUCGAACCUCACGGAGCACGAAUCGAAUAAAUAUACUCCGUGGUAGCUCGUUGGCAUAUAGAUAGAUCCAAGGCACAAAGUCGACAGCACCAUCAUCAUACCGGCUGAUCAAAGCCCAUACUACAUGUCCUUCCCCGCCGGCACCAUAAUCCUGAGUCGAGCUAUGCCGCGGGAGCAUCAGGGUGUCGCCGCGUCGCUGGUCAAUACCUUUAUCAACUACUCUAUCUCCAUUGGGCUCGGGUUUGCCGGCACGGUCGAGGGGCAGGUAAAUAAUGGAGGGAAAGAUGUUCUACAAGGAUACCGGGGCGCAUUGUACAUGGGUGUCGGUCUCUCUGGCUUGGGUGUAGCUGUGGCUCUGUUUUUCUGUUUUGUGGAGCGGCAUCAGUCCAAGGCACCAGAAAAGGUGGAGCAGGAAAAGAGCGAAACGCAGGAAGAAUUUGUUUAGAUGUCUUCAAUGGCAAGUUUACAUAAAUGCAAUACUGGAUUUCAUUAUAG